AUGACUACACAGACGUCUAAUGAUCAUUAUUUGAUCACAGACAACAAGACAAAGAAGGAAUCAUUCGAUGUGGAAGGAACCGCUAAGCGAUUCAAGCACUUACUUUCAUUGAGUGGAUUAUUCAAACAUUUCAUUGAGAACAGAGCCAAGAAAGACGUCAAGUUUCAGAAAGUAUUGAAGAUUCUAGAUGAUGAUUCUAAGAAGAAUACCAAAAGAAGAAAGACUGAAAGAGAGGAAGACGCAGAACUACUCAAGGAAGAAGAAGACGUAGAAGAAGAUGCGGAUGACGAGAUUGAAUACCAAUUCAGAGAGUCUCCAAAAUAUAUUCAUGGUACAUUAAGACCUUAUCAAAUUCAAGGUUUGAACUGGUUGGUAUCAUUACAUAAGAAUGGGUUAGCUGGGAUCCUAGCUGAUGAAAUGGGGUUGGGUAAAACUUUACAAACAAUUGCAUUUCUAGGCUACUUGAAAUAUAUGGAAGGUAUUAAUGGUCCAUUUUUAGUUAUUGCUCCAAAAUCAACCUUAAAUAACUGGCUUAGAGAAAUUAACAAGUGGACUCCAGAUGUGAAGGCAUUUGUUUUACAAGGUGAUAAACAGGAAAGAGCAUCCUUAAUUAAGGAAAAAUUAAUGACUUGUGAUUUUGAUAUUGUUGUAGCUUCAUAUGAAAUCAUUAUUAGAGAAAAGGCAGCAUUUAAGAAAUUUAACUGGGAAUACAUCAUCAUUGAUGAAGCUCAUAGAAUUAAGAACGAAGAAUCUUUGUUAUCUCAAGUACUGAGAGAAUUUACCUCCCGUAACAGGCUAUUGAUAACAGGAACGCCUUUGCAGAAUAACCUACACGAAUUAUGGGCAUUAUUGAAUUUCCUGUUGCCUGAUAUAUUCUCCAGUUCUCAAGACUUUGAUGAUUGGUUUUCUUCUGAAACAACAGAGGAAGACCAAGACAAAGUUGUCAAACAACUUCAUACUGUUUUGCAACCAUUUUUGCUACGUAGAAUAAAAAAUGACGUUGAGACCUCAUUGUUACCAAAGAAGGAAUUGAAUUUAUAUGUUGGAAUGUCUAAUAUGCAAAAAAAGUGGUAUAAAAAAAUCUUAGAAAAGGACUUAGAUGCGGUUAAUGGUGAAAAUUCUAGUAAAGAAUCGAAAACAAGGUUACUAAACAUUGUAAUGCAGUUGAGAAAAUGCUGUAAUCAUCCUUAUCUUUUUGAUGGAGCUGAACCAGGACCACCUUACACCACAGAUGAGCAUCUAGUUUAUAACUCCAAAAAAUUGCAGGUCCUUGAUAAAUUAUUGAAGAAGAUGAAAGAAGAUGGAUCUCGUGUGUUGAUUUUUAGUCAAAUGUCAAGAGUGUUAGAUAUUUUAGAAGAUUAUUGUUUCUUCAGAGGCUACAAAUAUUGUAGAAUCGAUGGUUCGACUGAUCAUGAAGAUAGAAUCAAAUCUAUUGAUGAUUAUAAUGCACCAGAUUCCGACAAAUUUAUCUUCUUAUUGACUACACGUGCCGGUGGGUUGGGGAUUAACUUAACUAGUGCUGAUAUUGUUGUAUUAUAUGACUCUGAUUGGAAUCCCCAGGCAGAUUUACAAGCUAUGGACAGAGCGCAUCGUAUUGGUCAAAAGAAACAAGUUAAAGUGUUCAGAUUUGUAACAGAUAAUUCGGUAGAAGAAAAGAUUUUGGAAAGAGCAACUCAAAAGCUAAGAUUAGAUCAAUUAGUUAUUCAACAAAACAAAGCUUCUAUGAAUAAGAAUAAAAAGGAAAGUAAGAAAGAUGCAAAGGAUGCUUUAUUAUCAAUGAUUCAACAUGGUGCAGCGGAUAUUUUCCAAAGUGGCAAUUCGACCACGACAGAGUCCACCCCUCAACCAGGUGAAGCAAAAUCAGAAGAAGUUGAAGAUGUUGAUUUAGAAUCAAUUUUGGCAACAUCUGAAAACAAAACAUCUUCCUUAAAUGCCAAAUACGAAACUUUGGGGCUUGACGAUCUGCAGAAAUUUAACCAGGAUUCAGCUUAUGAAUGGGAUGGGCAUGAUUUCAAAAAGGAUGUUCAUAAGAAGAUUAUUAAUCCUCUAUGGAUCAAUCCCACCAAGAGAGAACGUAAGGAGAAUUACAAUAUUGAUGGAUAUUAUAGGGACGUUUUGACGACAAAGAAGGUUGUUACUCCACUACAACCCAGGAUGCCGAAACCCAAGGUCUUUUAUAGUCAUCAAUUGCAAUCACCAAUUUUAAAGGACUUGUACGAGAAGGAUAGAAUGUGGACCGCAAAGAAGACUAAAUACACUCCAACAAUUGAAGACGUAAAAGUGACUUAUGGAGAGGACUUAAGUGAAGCAGAACUUCUGAAGAAGUUGGAUGUCAUGAAAGAAACUGUGGAAAAUGCUCAGCCACUCACAGAAGAAGAAGAAAAACAGAAAGUUCAAUUAGAAAGUGAAGGGUUUACCAACUGGAAUAAGCUUGAUUUCAGGAAGUUCAUUUCCAUGUCUGGAAAAUAUGGAAGAAAUUCUAUAUUGGCAAUUGCAUCGGAGUUUGCACCAGGGAAAACAAUUGAAGAAAUAAGGGAAUAUGCAACUGCUUUCUGGGCAAAUUUGAAAAAUGUUGACGAUCAUGAAAAGUAUGUGAAACUUAUUGAAGCAGAUGAAGAGAAACUUAGAAAAACACAUAUGUUGGAGAGUGCGGUACGCCUAAAGGUUUCCAAAUAUAAGAAUCCUUUCUUUGAUAUUGUGUUAAAGCACCCACCCUCUAAUAAUAAUAAGAGAACCUUCUCAGAGGAAGAAGAUAGAUUUAUAUUAAUGAUGCUAGCAAAAUAUGGUUUGGAGCGUGAUGACUUAUACGAAGUGAUCAGGGACGAAAUUCGUGAUUCACCUCUCUUUGAACUUGAUUUCUUCUUUCAAAGCAGGACACCAUUGGAACUUUCUAGAAGAGGUUUUACUCUAUUGCAAUGUAUAGAGAAAGAAUAUCAUUCAGGCAUUAUUGGACCUGAAAUCGUAGAGAGAAAACCAAAAGAGAAUAAAGGUAUAAAAAGGCCGGUAGAAGACAAGACUGAAGAAGAACCACCUGCGAAGAUUAUAAGACCUACCGAGCCUUCGCCAAUUGAGAAUUAA